GAGCCCCACGACCGUGCGGAAGAAGGAGACACCACCUGCAUCACCAUGGGGUCAGAUAUCCGUUCCGGGUGCAACAUCGCCGUUGACGACUCCCAGUGGAAGGCGAAGAGCAGCGAAGGCCAACGAAGCCCCGCCUCCUUCCACGACAGAG